UCCUGCGGACAGAGAGGUGGAAACUGAGCAAGGGCGCUCAGUGGUUGACAUCAUCGGGCUGAGCAUUGGGUUACAACAGAUGGGGACUUACUUGGCCUGAGACGUGGGAAACACCCACUAAAACCUCGAAGUGCAUUUCAUUUAGGAGACACAGAGAGGGAGAGAGAGGGCACGAGAGAUCCUGCCUGCACCCGCUGGCCGGUCGGCUCAUCUGGCUCACUGUCAGGAGGGAAGCGUUUUGAAUCCUGGCUUCUGAAAUUCCACCUUCCCUCUGACUGAGGACCACUGAACUCUGAAAGAACUCUGCUUUUAAUUUCCACAUUGAUUAGUCAACGGUGGAAAAUCUGAAGCAAUGCGAGCAGGAAAAAGAAACUAAACCAGGCCUGCAGAGCGAUGCGACGGGCAUGAUGGAGGUCGAGUCGUCCUACUCGGACUUCAUCUCCUGUGACCGGACGGGCCGUCGGAACGCCGUUCCUGACAUCCAGGGAGACUCCGAGGCCGUGAGCGUGCGGAAGCUGGCUGGUGACAUGGGCGAGCUGGCCCUCGAGGGGGCAGAAGGACAGGCGGAGGGGGGCACCCCAGACAAAGAAGCGAGCAACCAGCCCCAGAGCAGCAAUGGGACCACCUCCUCCUGAACGUGGCCUUGCCUGAGGCGGCUGGAAGAGACGCGCUGUGGACGGGAGCCCUGGACUGGCCAGGCAGCCUGUCCUCUGAGCAGAGUGUGCCAGGCAAGCCAGGCCCGACUGAAAGGCAGGCCCUGGAGGCUCCGGCCCCACCAGGGGAAGGCCCUGUCCACACCCCCAGGCUCCCCGCUCCCACCUCCUCACUGCACCGGGUGCACAUCCAGACACUCUACGCACGGGAUGGUGUUUAUCCAGCGGGCGCUGGGACUCAGCGGCUGGGUCCUGCCCGCCUGGGGCAGCGGUCUGGGCAGGGACCACGUCCUGGUUCUGCCCCGUCCUUUCCAUCCCCGGCCUUCUGUGUCAAGACCUUCUUACCCCUUUUCUAAAAAGCACUUUUAAACUUUUUAAAAACUUUAAACCUUUUCUCAGCAGAGAGGGAGGGAGCUGACAAUUAACCUUUUUUUGGAAACCAUUGUAAGCUAAACUCUUCGACCGUCUAUGCAGCUCUGAGGUUCCCUCAUGGAGCUUCACAGAUCCAUUUUUUAGGGAAGGGAUUUUGUGCUCAAAACUAUCUGAUUAGCUGUUUGCCCUUUCUACCCAGACAAAUGACACCUAGGAGCCAGGAAAUAAAUGCAGAUGAUUUGUGUGA